CUAACCAACAUGGCCGCUAAGUCGGAUGGAGCAGCGGUGUCUGUGGAAGAUGACAACACGCCCAGGAGCCUCUCGGAGCCGGGGAACCCCACCACCCGGCCCCGCUGCAGCGCCGCCGGCGGGAAACCCUACACCCUGCUGGACUGCUGUUGGGUGCUCUGCGCCCUGCUCGUCUUUUUCUCCGACGGCGCGACCGACCUGUGGCUGGCCGCCGACUACUACCUGAGAGGUGACUACUGGUGGUUCGGCUUGACGCUCGUCUUCGUCGUGGUGCCCUCCGCUGUCGUCCAGGUAUUGAGUUUCAGGUGGUUCGUGUAUGACUACUCGGAUCUGAGCUGCGGGGACGGAGCAGCGAGCGGCAGCGGCACCGGCGCGGCGGCGGCGGCAGGCGCGGCAUGUGAAGCAGCCACGGCAGGCGACCACACUUUAAGCACCAAGGACAGCAACCAGCGCGGUGGGAGCGCGGUGGUGGGCAACGCUGCGAAUGCCACCCCGGUUUGCACAUCCUCUGUCCUGUCUGCGACGGCAGGGACAGUCGGAGCCCCCCGGAGGUGCUGCAUCGUCUGCAUGUGGGUCUUUCAAACCGUGCUUCACGUCCUGCAGCUGGGGCAAGUCUGGAGGUACGUCCACGCUCUCUACCUUGGUGCCCAGAGCCGUUGGCACGGCAACGGGCCCUGUCGCCACUUCCACUGGCGGCUGAUGUUCGAGAGCGCUGACAUCACCAUGCUGCGCCUCCUGGAGGCCUUCCUGAAGUCCGCUCCGCAGCUCGUCCUCCAGCUGAGCAUCAUGAUCCACGGAAACAUCGUCCUCCCGCUGCAAGGGCUCUCUGCCUCGGCCUCCCUGGUCUCUCUGGCCUGGAUGAUCGCCUCUUACCAGAAGGUUCUCCGGGACUCCCGCGACGACAAGCUGCCAAUGUCUUACAAGGCCGUGAUCACCCAGAUGCUGUGGCACUUCUUCACCAUCGGGGCGAGGACCGUGGCCUUUGCCCUCUUCGCCUCCGUCUUCCAGCUCUACUUCGGCAUUUUCAUCGUCAGCCACUGGUGUGUCAUGACCUUCUGGAUCAUCCAAGGUGAAACUGACUUCUGCAUGUCCAAAUGGGAGGAAAUCAUCUAUAACAUGGUGGUGGGCAUCAUCUACAUCUUUUGCUGGUUCAAUGUCAAGGAAGGACCCAGUCGCCUACGGAUGACCGUCUACUAUUCUGUGACGCUGGUUGAGAAUGUGGCACUGACCGCCGCCUGGUACACUUACCGUGGCCCACACACCUCCGACUCCUAUGCCCUGGUGGUGGUGUGCCUGGUGGCCUGCAGCUUUGCCCUGGGAACCUUCUUCAUGUUGGUGUACUACUGCUGGCUGCACCCGGAUGGGCCCGUUCUGGGCUCACAGUGGGGAGGGUGUGUGGAUGAGGGUGUGGUGAGUGCGGUAGGGGUAGCGGGAGUGAUUGAUGCUUGCCUCACCCCAUCCCAUGGCUCCCAAACAGACAUGGUCAUUACCAGCCCUCCGAGAACUCUCCCCAGGACUAAAGACACGGGGGAGCCGGUUCCCGGAGAGCGAGACAAGGACAGAGACAGGGACAGUUGCCUGCCUGUCUUCCAGGUACGUCCCUCCCCUUCAUCUUCUCCUGCACUCCUUCACAGGACCUCCUCCUCAUCUCGUGCACAGGAGGGACCUGUGAUCCGGAUCGACCUCCCAAGGAAGCGAUACCCGGCCUGGGAUGCGCACUUUAUCGAUCGGCGUCUUCGCAAAACCAUUCUGCUUCUGGAGACCUCAUCAGCCGUCAGCCCGAGGAUACAGUACAGGAGUAGCAUGAUGGGCAGCAAAGAGGUUUUAGAAUAUGAGACAACCGUCUAAGCCAACGGAGGCUUUUAAACGUAAAAGUGCAGUCUGAGACCAAGGCUAAGCCUGAGAUCAGUUCUCAUCCCAGGACUACCUAUGCCCAGGAGAAGCAUGGAAAGGAGACAGAGUUUCAGGCAACUCUUUUUUUUUUUUUUAAAGAGGUUGUCAAACUUGAUUGUAAAAUGUGAAGCGCAAUCUGGGACUAAAGCUCUCCCCUUAGGGCGCAGUCCGGGAGUACGUAGCAUGAAUGAGCCGUGGGAAGUAAAGGGAGUAACACUGAACUGAGAUAAUCUUCAUCUUUUCUAAAAGCUUGGAGGUGAGACAUUUGAUCGCUCAUCCUGGGACCAAGGAGUGUUAGAUUUGGUUUCAUCCUGCAUGGUUAGAGCAAGAAGUAAAAGGAUUUGAGGGCAAUGAAGUUGCGGAGUUUGAGAUAAUUGAGAAACAGUCCGCUGCAUGAACUUGAGCCUUGGACUCGGAGAUUCAACAGAGACUUACCUGGGAACUUUUAGAGACUGGAGUUUGCACGGGACAUGCAAUCAUUUGGUUUGGUAGCAAAUUAGACAAGAAUGGGGACUCACUAUCUCAUAAAUAUUGCCUACGUGAUUUGCAGGGCAAAAGACGCCGAGACAUCUAGGUUAAAACUAAGUUAAAUUUGGUUGAAAAGUGAUAGUUAUUUUUAGAAAUCUGGGUGACGUAUAAAAGGCUAAAUAUGAUGUUUCAACAGCCCUUAAAAUGUGUUAACGUAGUUAUGACCAGUGACGCAGGACAUAACUACAGGAUGAAAUAAACUAAAAACUUGAAUUAAACAAUGAUUAAUGAUAUCUCACUUUUUAACAACACUUAGCCGGGUUUUAAUCAAGACGUCUAGAUUUCUUUUUACCUCCAAAUCACUAAUUAAUUGCCAAUUGAGUACUCUUUAAUAUUUAAAGAAAUGCAAUCACUUUGCAGAGUAUACAUACAGUGAAUAGGAGUAUUUGUCUUUGCAAUUAGACAGAGAUUAAAACAUUUUACAUUUGCUGUACCAUCAUGCUUCCAAAAGGUUGCAUGUCCCUCACAUUCUGUCCGUGGUGUCGAAAGAGAAAUGUAGUCGUAUACAUUGGGCUCAAGUCUCAUGACAAAACAAGGACCCAUCAUGUGAAUGGCUCACAAGUGAUUCUGAAAUGUAAGCCUGAGAUACAAGUGAUAACAGCCAGCCAUCCAUAUGUGGUACAAAAACAGCCAUAGCAAAAGUUCCAUUGAUUACAUCCCAGCUGCUCUGUCACCCCCCAACUUGAUAAAGGACUUAAUUGGAAAAAAAUCAAUCAGGUCUGGAUGUAAGGAUGUAAGGUGGACGACUUCCGCGAUGGUUACCCCCCAUAUGGCAUGCUCUAACUCGCCACAAACAGGCCUGUGAUGUACAGUUGAAUAAAUACAGAUGUCAGAUAUAAGCUAUUAUAAUAAGCUCUAGUUGAUGAAUGACUUUUGGAUGAAGAAGCUUCAUUUACUCGUAAGAGUCUAAAUGUUGUCCACUUUUCUUAGAAUACAUAAGAUGUAGAGGUAUAAAGGGUGUCAUUAACAACCUCAUUGUGCUAUGAAAACAUUUUCAACAGUAGCUGAUAAAAAAAUGUCUCUUAGUCACAUCAACAGACCUUAAGGUAUCCUACAACAGUUUGUUGGAAUGUGAAAACACUAGAACAAAUCUAGUGAGCGGUUAAUACAAGUAACAAUAUACACGCAAAAGAAAUUGAUAACAAAAACUCAGAGUUGCAAAGUACCAGGAUUGUUUUUGCGGGCUAGCUAGUUAGCAAAAGCUGCUGUUUAUUGUUACAGAUAGGAUGGUGACAAGGGUUUGGAAUUUUUGAAAGAAGAUGUUUACAAAAUGAAACCAUGUACAGGCCUUCAAAGUCGAUAGAGUCAGGUUUGUACUGGUAAGUGACAUCAGUCGACUGACAGGAAAAAUUAAAUCGUCAGAUGAGAAAUCCUCUUUGCUCCUUUUAAACUGCUGUUGUGAUGCCCGCACAACUUGAACAAAUUCAGCGGAGUUGAUCGGCACACAACUUCAAGGGUUGAAGUUUAAAGGCAGCAGCUCCCAGGUGUGAAUGUGUUACUAUCAAUUAGAAGCAGCUAGAUGCUAAGAAAGUCCAGCAUGGUCAGCAACAGUACCUGGAGGCAGAACAGUGAAAAAAACAAAAACAAAAAAAAACACUCUCAUCAAAGCUAAUUUUUGUCCUCUCUCAUAUUACACAACAGAUCUCUCUUUGGCAGUCUCUUUGAAGUUCUUUGAAACGUUUCUUUAAAAGCCUUAGGUUAGUCUGUGCAUAUAAGGUGACUUGUGAUUUGUUAUGAAGAGGACGUUCUUCGAGUCCAUCCAAGAAACAUUUAUACCAAUGUUGUGAUUGUUUUAGAUAAAGGCAACACGAGAUGUUAGCAUUUUUAGCAAUGCACUCAAAAGCAUUUCUCUUAACACCAUUGCAUUCCCUAUGUGACUCUGAUGCAUCUCAAAAAGCAUGUCCAUCAAAACACCAUUGAAGAUGCAUUUGAGAUACUGUGUAGCUCCCAGUUCAUGAUGCAGUUUAACUUUCAUUUAUUUUUCCUUAGCUGCAACACCAAGAUUUUUAAAUUACAACCCAACAAGCAUUUAGAGGAUGUGACUGUUCAGGGGGUCACCAAUUUAAGGUUGACUGACACAAGCACAAAAAAACAAAAUAUUAUGGCACAGUAAAAAUUCAUAUUUAACUACUAUAAACUUGUGUCAAAGUUGUUUAGAUUCUAGUUUUUAUUCGGAUGAAUAUAAAUGACAUCUCAACUUUACUUUGGCACUUCCCUUACCCUUUUCAAAGCUGGGGCAUGCUGUUGUGUUAACAUGAACAUUUUACGUCAAAAUGUUUAUAGUGUAAAAACUAAAAACAUCUACUGAACAAAUGUUUCAUCCAGAGAAAGCUGUUCAACGUGUAUGAACCUCUUCACCAUAUCCACCCUGGCAGACGGACAGUUUACUGUGGAGUAAUCUACUAUUUACUUUCUUGGGUAGUGAAGGAAUUCAAACAGUUCCCUCCUGCUGCCACCUGGGACCAACACAAAUGUCUUUAUUAUGCAGCAUCUAGGGUGGGUUUAAUUAUCACCUUUAUGCUGAUGACGCAUGUGUAUAUUCUGAAGUGGCGAAGGGGCUCCCAGUAGAAGUAUUUCCAACCUUGUGUACUUUUGGUCGAUGGGUGGAGCAAGUCACUAAGAGUAGUUUGUAUACUUGCCUUUUAACAAUGCAUUUACGAGGAUAAGGGGUUGUGAUGCAGUAUCUUGCAUAUACUUCAGUCUACCUGUAGGAUAAAAAAAAGUGUAUCCUGUAGGGGGCAGACACCAGAAUAUAUGGUCGUGAGAAUGUCUUAGUUACUUAGUUUGUCUUUAAGACCUUCCAUCAUUGUUGUUGUUUAGUUGUCAGAGUCUGCCAGAGAGGCCAUGUUUCUAAUUGCAUCCUGCAGAUGAGUUGCAUUAUUAUCUGAUGUUGUGAACAAUCAACGCUCCGGAGCAUUGGGUACACGCGUGGCCAUCAUGCACACACUAAUGCAUUGUUAAAAGCAAGUAUGUAAGCGCUCAGAUCCUCAAAAGGUUUUUGAUUGUAUUCCCAAUUAGACAGCAAGGGCAACAUUUCCAUAUCAGCUCUCCUACCUGCUCUGCGGGAAAACUGUGUCUGUGGUGGGUUGAAAUGGAUAAAUAACAAAUCAGGAAUAGAAAUUAAAAGUCAAUAUCAGUAAUAACUUGGUAUUAGCAUUAUCCUGACAGUGUUGUGUCCUAUGAACUAGUGGAUGUUGGUACAGUGGUGGCAGUCACUGCGAUGUUAAUGGUGCUGAAAACAACAAUUCUAUGUCAUGUCAAGCAUGAUAAUGUACAGAUAAUGCAUAUGGUAACCACCCAAUCGUGGGCCGAGGGCGAGGCUUCGCUUUCUCUGAUUGGAUAAUGAAGCCCUUUGUGUAGUCAAAUAAAAGUAAAAAGUGGUGCGCUGGUUAUAUACCGACUUGAACAAAAACAUGUUAAAAAAGUAAGCGAGUUCAAAAACUCAAAUCAUCUUUUAUUAAUUGAUGCAAGUAUUUAUGUUUAUUUAUUUUUGUAUUUGUUUUAUAUAUAUUUAUCUAUUGUUUACUCACUCAGUGGCCAUGUCUUUGGUAUGACUCUUAUAUUAAGAUGUAAAAACUGAAAAUAGAUUUUCUUUUCUUUUUUUACUCAUUCUAUAUAUCUGUAUAUAUCAGAGUGGCGCUAUACUAGGACGUGUAUGAGUGUGUGUGCUUUGGUUCGUAUGUAUGUAUUGUAUGUACAGUAUGUAUGUCAGGAUGUGCUCUAAGUUCUUUUGAUAAUGCUGCUUCAACAUCCUCUGAGUGAAUGAGCAGAAAAAUAAACCAGUGGUGAAAAUAUCUAUGACGCUGUUAAAAAAAGAGCUCAACAAGAUGUGCUGAUAACUGUAGAUGGGAAUAAUACUGUAGUAAACAUGGCUGAACAGCCGGCGAAAUACA